AAAAAAACACAGUCUGCAAUUGCUGGCCCCUCUUCUGCUUCUGUAAAAAAAAUUAGGAAACUUAUAAUCUGAAGGCAAUUAAAAUGUCAGGGGUAACCUUAGCUACGGGUCCAGAUGAGACGACAUCUUCAGCAAGAAAGCCUGAGCGACAACAAGGUGGUGUGGGUGUAAUGGGAUCACUUCGAGUAAUUGAGCUACAAUUAGUAGCUUUCAUUAUGGUUUUCUCCGCUAGUGGUCUUGUACCAUUACUUGAUCUAAUUUUCCCAGCACUUGCAUCCGCAUAUCUUUUGCUUCUUUCGCGAUUUGCGUUUCCAUCACUUGGCACAACUACUUCUAGUUCCCACGAAAUAUUAUUUCAGGGCAGUCGGUUUUUCCGUCUUUAUAUGGUUGCUGGUACUAGUGUUGGAUUGUUCUUGCCAUUGGCAUAUGUUUUGGGUGGAUUUGCUAGGGGUGAUCAACAUGCGGUUCGCUCUGCCACUCCUCAUUUGUUCUUGCUUUCUUUUCAAAUUCUAACUGAGAAUAUUAUAAGUGGAUUGUCCCUCUUUUCUCCGCCGAUUAGAGCACUGGUUCCCCUGCUUUAUACAGUUAGAAGGAUCUUUGUCUUGAUUGAUUGGAUACAAGAUGUGUGGAUCAACAAGACUUUGCCCCCAAAUGCACAACUCAAGGAUGUGACAUGGUACUGGUUUGGGAAGGGACUGGCAGUGGCUAAUCUGGCGUAUUUUUCGAUCAAUCUGUUUGGUUUCUUGAUUCCGCAAUUUCUUCCACGGGCUUUCGAGAGGUACUUCAGGGAGAGGAGUGAGGUUAAUUCGAAGUUGGCUGAAGAUAAGCACUCACAAGCUAUGAACAGAACAAAACACGCAGACAAGAAGGCAGAGUAAUUGGCCAAAAUGUAUGUCUAGCAGUUUUUUUAUUAUUUCACUACAAUAAGCUGAAUGGACUUGUUUCGUUUUUAGCUGGUUAGCGUAAGAGCGUUUGUCCAGGAUCUUACAUCGUAGGAACUUAGAAACGCAUUUUGUUGUAUUUGGAUGUGAAUUUUUAUAGAUUCGUUAGAACAAUAAUUUUUUUAUGUAAAUCGUGUGAAGUGAUAAUAUUUUUUUAAUGUGCGUCAAGAA